AUGAGCAGUGGGGAGGAGCAGGCUUCCUCAAGCAGCUCCAGCGACGAGAGCUCGGAGGAAGAGCCUCAGGACUUGGAGUUUGGAUUUGAGUCUGAGGCUCCGAUUCCGCAGCGAGCGGGCUCCCGGGAGGAUGGCGAGGAGUCCUGGGAUGGAGACAAGGGCGGAUCAUAUCCGGAUGAUGACCUUGAGUCUGAUAAAGAUGCGGUUGUUACCAGAACAGCUGUCAUGAAGGAGAGGGCGGCCAAGAAGGCAGCCUCUGCGAUGUCCCUAACGCGCUCAUGGACGAGGAAGGGAUCUGGUAUGCCGGACAGCGACACAGUGUCUCCACGACGUUCCGGCCAGGUAGAAGGGAUAGAGAGCUUCACACCAAAGCGAUCUGAAGUCGAGCCCGGCGAGGAGCCCAGCGGACCAAGCCCUCGUAAGAGGUCCGGGCUGUCACGCGCCUGUGCAUGCUGCGGGUGCUUCGGGUGCUGCGCACGGCUUUCCCGAGUCCGAGCUCGCUGGAAUGAGCGCUGCAGCGCCUGCUCGCGGAGAAUCGGCCGCUGCUGUGCACCAUGUGCCCGCUGCUUCCAGCUCCUGUCGAGGGCCUGGGCUGCGUUUGAGGCCAGGUGCAAAUACCUCGCUAUCAGCAUCCGUUGCCUCUGCUGCCCCCUCCUGCUGCUGUUGGGUGCCUUCCGCUGCUGUUGUGGUAGUUCAGCUGAAGUGCCACGAUCCUCCUCUCGUUCGAAGUUGUCCAGAAAAGGCCGCUCCAUGUCACGAUCUAUGUCUCGAAGUGGCAGUAUGGCUGUCGGGCGGAGCCAGUCCAUUCGCAGGAGCGGCACCUUGACGGCCCGCUUCGCAGAGGGUCCAUCACGGCAGCCAAGGAGCACCUUAAAGCAGAAGCACCCUCGCCUUCCCAAGCAGGAGCAAGCGCAGAAGAACGUUUCUGCCCGUGAGAAGUUUCGAGAACUGCGGAAGGAAAUGACCUUUGAGGCCGGUGAGCUGCACGGUGAGCUGGAGGAUCCCAUGGCGAACAAACAGGUCCCGGAACCCACUGGCCUUGCCGCUCUGGACUGGACAGCUUGGCUGCCCUGGAACUGGGCCUCCACCUAUGAGAUAUGGAAGGAGUCGCGCAUUGAGAUGUGGGCAAGUCUGAAGAAGGUGCUGGACGACAUGGAGAAAGAGGAUCUGAUAGACGCGAAUGGUAACACGGUGAAACCAUCGGAUCUUCAGAGGAAGUACCGUCGUGCGUGGAGAACGCUCAUCUUUGCAUACUGGGACCCAUUCUUGGAGCUCCUGCCCACGUGGGGGACCGUGUUUGCCAUGCUGAUGUGGUCUCUGAUGCUCAUACCUAUAUCCGGGUUCGUGCUUGCAUCUGUACUACUGGUAUCCAGCGUCAUGCGCAACAUGGACUAUGUUGAAGGAAACUGCCAGAUUGAGUCCUUGCCAGAUGCCUUUGUCACCAGCAAGGGGGUUGUGACAGAAGUGUCAGGGCGCUAUCUCAUACGGCGAUUUUAUGAAGCCUCUCCUAAGCGAACUGAAGGCUUUGUGCUGCAGGCCUGCGACAUCAGAGUGCCCUGCGAGCAUGAAGACAUUGCUCGCACAGGUUUCUUGGAGCGUGAGGAAUGUGACAAAUUCCGAAUCUGGGCUUGGCGAGAUCCUAUAGUGUGCUACUAUCAUCAAAACGAUGAGUAUGCAACUGCUGGUCGCGACCUGCUCUGUCUCUCCAGACCCAGUGACCUUCAGCAAGAGGUGUUUUUGGUUGUGAUAGCAGGCGCGGGCGUAAUAGUGGCGAUUCUCAUCGUUGUCGUGGUGUUCAUACGCCGAGCGCUGGACUUGCGGGAAACGCGGAGGUUCCAGGAAGAGAUGGAGCGAGAGAUGGAGAAGGAAAGGGCUGAAGCCGAGCAACGCGAGGUAGAGGAGGAAGCUCGGAGACAACAGGAAGCCAACCAAAGGCAAGCAGACGAAGACGAAGCCGCGGGCAUGGAUGACGUGGAGUGGGCAACGGAGAAGACGCGCUCCUUCGUAAGUCAGGUGACUCGGCUCACAUUUUCUGCGUCCGAGUCCGCCGCCAUCUCCAAAUCCAAGUCAUUUGCGUUGCAGCCACCUUCUGAGAUGUAG